CGCGCGGAGAGUUUUACCGGAGGGAGGGAUGAUGUAGCACGCGGGCCAGUCGGUUGACAGUUCUCUGCUUGGCUCGGCUCUAAGAGACACGGCCGUACCGGAGUGGACCUGAAUACCGUGCAUCCAGGCCAGACAGGGUGCGGAUAUAUGGGCGAAUCAUCUAAUGUGAAUUAAGCCAGCAGGCCAACGGUCUAAAUUCUGGUCGGGUGGUGCUCGGCGGGUAAGGCAGAAGUUUUUACACCGGAUAAUAUCGACUCCAUUCCGCGGUGGAAUCACAGGGUUGUCGUGAAGGUGCUGGUGCUGGAGCAUGCUGGUAGCAGCAGCUGACCAGACCUUCUCAUGUCCAGGCUGUGGAUCAGAAGGGACCUUCAACUCCGUCCUGGACCUCCAAGACCACCUGGUCAACACACACACCUAUCAGACCCUGCUCGGUCUAUCCAAGGUGCGUGCCAGGAGCUCUACACCAGGGUUCCUCCUGCGCCUCCCUGGUCCGACUGUCUCCCAGGGACAGAGCUCCUCCCUGGGCAUGGAGUCCACCAGAGACCCCCUGCCUCUGGCCGGUCUGGACCUGGCCUCCUCCACCGCCUCCACCCAGCUUCUCAGGGUGAUGUUAGGGGCCGCAGGAGGAUCUUCUUUGGGAGUCCCCCAGGACCCCUCCAGGGCUCUGGCUCUGCCUAGCCCUACAGGCCUCACAUCCACUGCCUUUUUAGCUCUGGAGGACCAUAUAGGCCUCAGGAGGAGCCUGGGGCUGGAGUUGGGGUAUCCCCCAGUGGAGUGCUUCUCCGUGGGGCCAGGCCUGGAAGAGAGACUAGAGCUGAGGCUGGACAUGCAGGUGGCCACCGCCGUAGCCGAGUUGGAGGAGAGGGUGAGGGGGCGUGUCCAUCACCUGAAGGCGGAGCUACAGGAAAGAGAGGCGGAGCUAGAGCGAGAGAGGAGGAAGGGAGAACGUCUCGUGAGAGAGAAGGACGAAGUGGAGGAGAGAGCGGCGUACCUGUCCAGACAGGCUUCCAUCGCCAUGGAGAUGAUGGAGGGAGUAAAGCGAGAACUGAAGGGAAAAGAGGACGAACUGGCCAAACGAAAACAGGAUAUGCAUCAGGUGCAGGUGUUCCUGAGAGAUACAGCAGAGAAGGAGGCAGAAGCUAAAAUGAAACUACAGAUGUUUAUGGAGUCGUUACUCGAUCGAGCCGACCAUGCAGAGAGACAGCUGCUGCAGAUCGCACCCGGUCACACGCACCCGCAACGACACGUACACACACCGAUAUACACACACACUCCAGGACACACACACAGAGGUGUCUCCUCACCUGUGUGGGGUCGCGCAGGGCGGAGCUUGGAUGGCAGUGUGGAGGACAUGCUUGGAGCCAGGUCGCCGGUAACCAUGGCAACUCAGAGGAGUUACAGUGUUUCUGGAUCUUAUAGACUUGGAGACCAACUCUACAACCACCAUCCAUACAACGACUGGGCUGGAGGGAACCGCUGGGUGAACAGCUACCAUCGUUACCACAGUACCGAGGAGGAGAAGGAGGAGGAAGAGGAUGACGAAGACGAUGAGGAGCAGAUAUGGAACACACCUGAGAUGAUAAGACGGACUGCUGCACCAGAUUUGUCUCCCUCCUCUAAUGGUUGCCAUAGCACCCAUUACCUGGGGGUGGAGACUCUACGGUUGAGGGCGGGGCUUUUUUGUGUCUUCCCAUAUUUGGACGUUGCUUCCCUGCUGCAUGCGGCUGAGGUGUGCACUGAUUGGAGGUGCGUUGCUAGGCACCCGGCUGUAUGGACACGCCUACUUCUGGAGAACGUCACGGUGUCCACCAAGUUCCUGGUCACCCUGUCUCAGUGGUGUACACAGACCCGGUCCCUGGUUCUGAAGAACCUGAGAAGCAGAACCAGACGACCUGGAGAGAGCAGAGAGGACUACCAGACCCUCAAACGGGGCUGCCUGGAGGAAGGGGUGGAGGCUGUCUUACGCUCAGCGGGGGGCAGUCUGCUCUACCUGUCUGUCUGUCAGUGUUCCAAUGUGCUGACAGACAGGUCCCUGUGGCUGGCCAGCUGCUACUCCCCCAACCUACACACCAUCACGUACAGGAGUCCCGGUGAGGGGGUGGGUCAGGAGGUCUUGUGGGCGCUGGGAGCCGGCUGCAGAACCAUAGCUCACCUGAAGUUCGCCCCCCUAAACCCCAGCCAGCAGCCUCAUCGCCUUGGCAACCGUAGCCUGCAGACCAUCGGUCGCUGUUGGCCGGACCUGCGCUCCCUCAGCGUGGGCGGGGCCGGGUGUGGUGCUCAGGGAUUGGCUGCUGUGGUGCGCAGCUGUGUGUGUCUACUAGAGCUGGAGUUGGAGUGCGUUUCAAAGGUCGACCUGAAGGUGGCGACAGAGCUCUGUAAUAACGGACUCACCAACUUAGAGACUUUGACGUUGACACACACUGCCAUCACUGAGGAAGCUAUACUGCACUUUCAAAGUAAAUGUGUUAAUCUCAGGUCCAUGGUGGUGCUGAUGAUGAAGAGUCAUGCUAACGAAGGUUCGCUUGAGGAGGACAGCGUGUUCAGAGAUAACCUGGAGGCUCUUAAGGUUCUAACCAGGUCUCCAGGUCUUUGUGGCAUCCUGCAGGUCAAAGAAGAAUACUGAACUCUUCAAAACAAAC